GUAGACAUAGUGGAGGAGGUGGACGUGGUAAUGGAGGAGGAGGAGGAGGAGGAGGCGGUGGUGGAGGUGGUGGCAGAGGACGUCCAGACAGAAGAAGGGACAAUCACAGAGGAGAUCGAUGUGGCAGAGACGGAAGAAGAACGCGAUAUGGACAUGAUGGAGGCGGAGGUGGAGCCGGCGGAGGUGAUGGAGGUAGAGGUGGCUUACGUAACAAACAAAACCACGGAGGCAAUCAGUCUAGUCCCUGGUACCAGGACAAAAUGCCCAAUGAUGUAUUCUACUUUUCUAAUGGAAAACACAAAAAUGAAAAUACUAAAAUUCCGACUCCUACAGAAGCACCAGCAGUGGCAACGCCUACAGCCGAGCCGACGAAAGAAGCAACGCCUGUGGUUGCAGCAACCCCAGCAAUUGCAGCGCCCCCAGCAAUUGCAGCAACCCCAGCCAUUGCUGCAACUCCACCAAUUGCAGCUAUAAAUCAAACGCCUCUCAUUAGUCCAGCCAACAUCAAGAAGGAAAAGAAAGAGGCGUCAGUCAAGGCGCCGGCCAAACCAGCGGAAAGCAGCGAAGACAGCUCCUCCAGCAGCUCCGAUGAAAGUGUCGAAGCCGGUGAGGUAGUCAAAAAGACAACAGUUGUUAAGACUGAAGCGGCUAAAGUGAAGGUUAAAGUUGAAGCGGCUAAAGUUAAGGAUAAAGCUGAAGCCGCCAAAGUAAAGGUUAAAGCCGAGCCAGUUUCUAAAGCACCGCCAUCAUCCUCUUCUUCCUCAUCGUCCGAGGAUGAUUCAAGUGAUGAAAACCCAGCGGUUAAGGGAAAACCAUCAGUCAAAGAUACUCCACAGAAAUCGCCAAAAAGUGCCAACAAAAGUGCAUCCGAAGAUGAUGUUGUUUGUAUGGGAAACGAAAGUCGCAAAUACACAAUUCCAGAUGAGGAUGAUGAUGAGGAUGAGGUUGAAGAUGAAGCCGAGGCCAGCACCGAUGAGGAGGACAAAGUUGUGGAGACGGAAGAAAAAGGCAAAGACAAGACGUCUCACAUAUGCGGCAUUUGCGAUAAGAAGGGGCACACUUCAUUUGAGUGCCAGAUGAUCUGCAGGAAUUGCUCGGCGCCCUAUCACAGUUUGAAGAACUGUCCGCAGCCUCCUAAUUUGAAUAUUGCGCUGCAGGCUUUCAUGGAGUUUAGCAUGCAACAAUUGGCCGUCUUUAAUAUGGAUAAACGUUUCACAUUUCCUGGUAGCGUAGUCCCAGCGCCACCUCAACAGUUACCAGCUGCCCAGCUACAAACUCCAACAGUUAACAAGACUAAAAAGGAUAAACGAACUCUGAAUAAAAAGGCAAAGAAAAUGCCUAAGAAGAAAAUCAAAAUAGAGGCAAAGCAAAGCGACGAUGAGGAUGACGACGACGAUGACGAGGAUGAUGAGGAUGAGUUAGAAGAAGCAGAUCCCACUGACACAGAAUCAAGUGAUUCCAGCGCUGAGGCCAAGCCAGCAACUAAAAUCAAAAGAAAACGCAGCUCCAAGCAAUCUUCUAAGAACUUGCCAACUGGUCCCGCAGCAUAUCCUUUUCCGUUGCUGGCUCCUGGUGCACCAUAUAAUCCGAUAAUGUAUCCAUAUGGAGCUCAGUUUAGUUUUCCUAAAUAA